ACGCUUAACAUAGACGUCAACUGCUACGCCAACGACACGAACCCUAGAUUGUUUGUUUGCAAGACAUCGAGCUACAAGCGGUUGUUAAAGUUUCAUGAUCAGCGACCGACUGAGAAAGCAGAAGAAGCUAAAAAGGAAAUACAAGACGCCUUUCAAGCUAGGCCAAGGGCUAAACGCUUGCUUCGACCUACAGAUGGAGAUCAGGAGGAAAUAAGCGCAUGCUUGCCGUCAACAAACCGGGCGAAGGCGUCGAGAACACUGCAAUAGGGAGCUUACGAAUCGAUGACUUCUUUCUCGACGACGACUUUAGGUGACGUCAUCUACUUUGUCGUCGCCGUUUGCCAUUGCGCGCCAAAUUUAGCUUACGAGUUGCGGACGUCGACGCGGAGAUUUCCCGCCAAAUUUAAGUCGCAGACUGACUUUUUUUUAUUUAGAAUAAUAGUUUUAUCAACGUCUUCAUUAAAGUGCCGAACUUCAGAGAAAACAGAGAGUGUAUCGCAUAUGCCCACUGAAAAGGAUUUAUCAACGACAGGCAGUUUCUUUUGCUGUAUGAUGCCAAUACUUCAAAGAACCAUGACUUUCCAUAUUGAAAGGAUGAUCGAUUCGAUUUAGACGAGCUUGGAAAUGACCAGUGCAAAGCUGAAUUCCGAUUUUACAAAAAUGACAUUUUCAAGCUUGCUGAAUAUCUUCAGUUACCAGAUGAGAUUGUUACUUAUAACGGCCUAGUAGUUGGAUCGAUUCCUGCUUUAUGUAUCUAUCUCAAGCGCUUUACGUAUCCUCGCCGUUACGGGGACAUGGUUUCUCACUUUGCAAGACCUGUUCCGGAGCUUUAUAUUAUUACAAACCACAUGAUUGACUGGAUCUAUAACCGAUGGCAUCACUUACUCUCAAGGUAUAAUCAUGACCUGCUUUCCCCGGCAAAUCUUAUGUUGUAUGCUGAUGCGAUAUAUCGAUCAGGCGCAGCUUUGGAAAACUGCUGGGGGUUUAUUGAUGGAACAGUGCGGCCAGUGUGUAGGCCAGUAGAAAACUAGAGAGCCAUCUAUAAUGCCAUAAAAGAGCACAUUCCGUAAAAUUCUAAUCAGUAGCGUUACCUAAUAGGCUGGUUGGUCAUUUAUAUGGUCCAGUAGAAGGAAAACGUCACGACAGUACGUGGUAUGCUGGCCUUGUCUGGACUUUUACAAGACCUGCAAAGAUUUUUUCUAAUUCACCAGUCACUGGUUUACCUAUGUGUGUGUACGGCGACCCUGCAUACCCUCUUAGAGCACACUUACAGCGACCUUAAAAGGGAGCAGUGUUGACACUACAUCAACAAGAAUUCAACAAAUCUAUGAGCAGUGCCCGUGUUUCAGUUGAAUGGGUUUUUAAUGAUAUAAUCAACUGUUUCAAAUUUUUGGAUUUUGAAAAGAACCAUAAAGUUGGUUUAAGUGCUGUGGGUAAAAUGUACAUAGUUUGUGCCUUGAUGCAAAACGUCCUCACUAUUUUAUAUGGUUCUGUUACCUCAGAGUACUUUGGUAUCAAUCCACCAGUUUCAGAUGAUUAUUUUAUUUAAUUAUUGGCAACGAUAAAAUGUUAAAGGGAUUACACAAGCAAGGACAUACAUCAGGAUACAUCCUCAAAAUAAAACGUUUCAUGAUUCAUCAAAUUUUGGACAUUAAGAAGCAUUGACGAAUACUGACGGCUGUGUAAAAAUUCCAGUAGAGAUGGUAAAAAAACCCUUCUCAUUAUCAAAAGCAAGCUUGCACAAUUUUUGUAAUACUCGUUGGAAGGUAAACAGGUUAAAUUAAGGCGGCAAAGCGAAAAUCUAGCUUUGUAUGUAUAAUAAAAACAACAACAAAAUGAAUUCAAUGUCUCUUUUUCAAGAGUUCAAGUAGUGCAUGGCUUUGUUGUUGUUGUUGCUGCAUAAACAUUUGACACAUCAUCUGGAACUGCUCUUGUUGAUUUUUCAACUGGUCUUGAAAUUGCCUGGACAUUUCUUGCUGUUGUUGAAACAUCAGGUUUUGUUGAGCCAAUGCCCUUUCUUCUUGUUUCUUUCUAAACUCUUUUUCUUCCUUCUUCUGCUCACAUUCCUUCUCCGUUGCUUCUCUUAAAUAGUCCAUCGUUUCGUUUGGUGUAUGUUUUCUUUUUUUCCGCGGUUGAUCAUCUCCGGCUCUUUUCUUUGUCUCACCAAGACGUUCAAUGGCUUUGUUUCGCAUUUCUUCGGCGGAAGCUUUAUCUUUAGCUGUUUUAUCGGAAAUUUUCUCCGAUUCUCUUUCUUGUUCUUCUUUUCUCUCGAGGUAAUCCUCCAUUAUUACAUCGAUUUCUGAUUUCUCUGGCGAAAUUCCAGAUGCAUUUCCCUCGAAUCGAUCCUUCCUCUUAAAGUCUCUUUCCAGUAUCUUUAGUCUGUCUCUGAUCAACGUUUGUGACACAUUGAAGAAUGGCUCUUGUAACUGAUUCAGGCUUUCAGCAAUUCGGUCGAGGCAAUUUCCUCUUUCACGACUUCCUAAUUUGUACUUCCACAGUUCGAAUAGCAUAACCUCUUUUUCCAACAAGACAUCGUGUUCGUUUGUCCAUUUCAUCGAGUUCCUGAAAUAGCAGUCGAUAUCUAAUCAAAGACAGUAUAUUUUAAAGGACUGAAAUAUCAAACUUAAACACAAAUUUUCAAUUGACAAAAUUUUUCAGGAUAUCUGACUGAAUCCUCGCAUCGCUUGUGCUGCAUCUUCUGACUACUCGAGAGCGUUGAAAGAACAUUUGUUUACUAUUCAAAACUGAUUUAUAACCAAUGAAUGGAUAAAAACUUAGAACCUUUGAAUGAAGAAGACUACUUUCUUUUACAGUUUAUCUCUCUUGGCAUCUGAAUUGACCUUAAAACGCCAAUUUUUCCUUUUAUUUAUUCCCUUACCGUGCGUUUGAAGGGCUUGGGUCAUUCUUUUCGCAGGUUGACAUCUUUCCUGUUUGAUAAAUAGGAACUAUGGCGUGUAUAACAUUCAAUGAAGUAAAAAGCUGUUUCAGGAAAGCUCCUGUUAGCAUAUUUGGAAGGUAUUUGCAGAUUAAGUGUUAGAUUCAGCAAAUAUUCCGAACAAAACGUACCUUUCGACGCGUUGCUACGAAGACGACUUCAAAACCGCUCUUCUGAAGUCGUCGCCUCCUUCAAGACGACACGCGAAAUAAUGCCACAUCUGGUAGGGCAUGCGCAUAAACUACUUCUAGUGUUGAGACUUCGUCGUGCUCUGGGAAGUCAUCGAUUCGUAAGCUCCCUAAUUUAGCUCGGCCAACGUCUCCUCUACCACUUGUACUUCUUCAUUUGGCAGUCCGCCACUGCUAGCUGGAGCGAACCCGCUUAGUUAUGUUCGUGGCUUCCUAUCACCGGUACAGGAAAUCGGCCCGAAUUAUCGAGUGUUUCCACACGUUGGUACAACGCAAGACUUUCGUCCCCCUUUGACCUCAACCCCGUCGUGCUCGUCGGCAAACCUCAGUGGAAACAGCCGCGUGGAAACUCACAGGUGAGGCUAUCCGUGCAGUAUCCCAGCAAAAGCCUGAACAAAACUCUGCACGGAAGUUAUCAGAAAGUUGGUAAAGCGCUAGCUUAUGGGGUUCCCUCAAGGAUUGCGACAGCAGUAAUGAAUUGCCUGCCGGUGAGAAAUCACAUUUUAGGAAAGGUGAUGAAAGUGGUCUCAAAUGAAGUAACUGGUCUGGUUCAAAAGUAA